AUGUUGAGGAAUGCUUACAGUCUCCGACCUUAUUGUCUCGCAGUAGCUUUGCUUCUAUGUCUACUGUCGUUCAAGGUAGUAUUAGUAGUGAUUAUAGGUGGUGUUUUGACAUUAUGUGCGCUACUGUAUCUAUCUGUAAGCUCAACCUUUGUUGCAAUUGAUCCACUAUCACCCAGGAAAUUGAAAUCCCACGCUCAGUUCUUGGAUUCUGGUUCUGCACCAUUCAACUGGAAUGAUACCCAAUUUGCAUUGAGUCAUCCCAAUAUUGCUCAGCUAAUCGAAGAAAUUGUGGAUUUAAUUGUUGAGAGCUACAUUAUGUCCUGGUUCCAGCAUAUAGAUGUGGACUCCCAUUCGGCUUUUCCUAUUGCUGUCAAAAAGAUAGUACUCGAAGCGAUUGUCAAGUUACAGGGUUCGUUUGACCAAGUAGACGAAGGAAAGUUGAUAUUCUUAAAACUAUUACCACUACUUGCAAAGCAUUUUGAAACAUUUUGCGUCUCGAAAGAGGCAGUUGUAAGUGAUUUAAUGCUCGAAAAGAGCAAUUCACAAAACUUCGAUUUGCAAGUCGCCGCUGAGUACAAUAAGGUUAGCAAAUUACACCACUCUCUUUCAUUGAGGACAACCUACUUAGGACGGGAUGUCAGUAGGUAUAUGACCGCCAAGGUGGAGCAAAUUUUGCCAUUUUUAAUAAAUGAGAAGGAGCUGAGCUCCUCGUACGUCUCAGUAUUACUUAGAGAUGUUUUCGCAUCAUGUAUCCUAACCCCGCUGAUAAUCAAACUGUCAGAGGCAGAUUUUUGGAAUGUUACGUUAACUUCACUAUCUGAUAAAAUACUCGAGGAACAGGAUCAGGUUCAUGUGAUCCGGAAAUUCCUAUCAAAGGAGGUUGAGCAACAAGAGAAUGACUUAUUCAGUGAAGCAGAUCUCAAGCAGAAUUUUGACAUCGAGCGGGAACUCAGUCCUGGGUUAUCAGGGCCACAGUUUGAAAACUAUUUGAGGCAAAUUAGUCAACUGACAUCUUUUGAAGAGUUACAAAGAGCCCGCUUUUUACUCAUUACAAAACUUAUGCGACUCAAAAAGGAAGAAUGCCUUACGAAGAACCUCAUAGAGUAUAGAAGACGAUUGAUUCUUUCGUUGAAUUUAUUGCAGACAAGGUUGAGAUUUGUUGAUCCUAAGACUGCCGAUGAUCGAUCUCGCCAACUGAACUUAAACUUCACAGAUGCAGACAAAGCCGUCCACAAAUUCCAAGUUUUCAUGGAUACGAUCUCAUUGGAUGACAUUUUAAAAGAGCAAAGAUGUACAGUUUAUUUUGAAAGGUAUCUUAACAUGAAGUCGAGUACUCGUGGCCUAUGUUAUCUGAGAUUCUGGCGAAUUGUCGAAACCAUGAAAAAUCCUCUUGAAGAUGGAGGAGAAGAUGUCUCUGUAGCGAUACAGCCCUCUGAGGUUGCCCAAUUGCGAGACUUUGCAUGUACUUUCUUUCAAGGCGAGCAGCUGGACAAUAUGACAUUGCUUGAUGCUGGGUUGGUCACUAACAUAACACUCUUUAUCAAAAGUUCCAAUUACAAUACAAACUCAACUUUCCCGCUGGCCAGGAGAAGUAUACUAUUAUUGCAGAGCGAGGCUCGAAGAGCUCUGGAUAGGAAUUUUUUCCAAACUUUCAAAAUGUCCAAGGAGUUUCUUAAUAUGUUAUCAAACUCGGACUUCACUAACACAGAACUUUACUCAAAGUUGGUGAUAGAUCCCCAGCAAGGGGAGGAAAGACGAAAGUUAAGAACUGCUGCCUCCUUGAGUUCAAUUCGAAUCUUUUCCAGCCCUGGGAUCGAUGACGCCUUGGAGACUCUGUUGACUAAAAGAACAGCUCAGAGGCGCCACAGCCUGCAACAAACAAUACGAAAUUCUCUUUUUGGUGAUGAAGAUUCAGGAGUUUUCAAUGAUGCCCUCUUCGAAGAAGAAGGAGAUUGUUACGACGAGACAAUGUCUUCGGCCUUACAAAGUCUUGAGGAAGAUGCUUUAAGCGUUUCAACGACAACCGGAACAGCCAACCAAAAUGGGUCACUGAAAACCCUUGGGAAAUUCAGUGAUAAUUUAGCUGAUCUAAAGGAGGACAUUGCAAAAUUAUCUAUGGCAAUAGAUCAAAUUGAGAAGCAGCUCGAACUCUUAGACCACCUCAUUCUUAAAGCUGAUUUAACAAACAACCAGAAUCAGUUGAAACUACUUAAAAAAUCAAAGCGAGCUUUGAUCAGAGAUCUAGACGCUAAGGAAUUGACUAAACAACAACUGAUGGUUCAGCAAAACGCGAACAGUUUAUACAAAAAGACCAAGAUUGCGAUAAAGUCAUACUACAUGGACAGUCACUAUAGAGAGCAUCGCGAGGUAAUAUACUAUCUGAUCAAUGUGGAUCACAUCCACCAGGGCCAGGCUACCUCAUGGGAAAUUCCUAGAAGAUUCAGUGAAUUUUAUAAGCUAAAUUCCUAUUUGAAGAAGAAAUACAAUAGCUCCAUGAGGAGCCUCAUCGACAAAGAUUCUUUUCCCAAGAAGAUGAAGAUGUCUUUGAAGUUUCACGUUUCAAAAUCUCUUCUGUACCAGGAGAGGACCAUUAAACUGGAAAGAUAUCUGAAGGAGCUCUUGAAUAUCCCCCAAAUAUGCCAAGAUGACAUGUUGAGGAAGUUUCUUACGGAUAAUUCAGCUUUCAAUAUAGUUUCAACAGAAAGGGAAGACUUGAUCUCUGACGAGCAAGAGCAGUGCAAUGCACUCGAAGAUUCAAUGUCAUCACACUCCUCAGGUAGAGAUUUUACCCCGCAACUGGGCGUGGGUGCUGAUUUCAAAUAUAAACAGCUCGAUAAUCAUCCGGAAGAGGUGCUCAAUAUGUGUGAGAAUGAUUGGAAUUGUCAGGAAGGUUAUGGGUCAGUUAUUAACACUCAAAACAAACCUAUUGUUAAAGCAAUAUGCGACUUCUUCAUCUUGGUCUUUUCGCUUAAUAAAACCAAUGCAGGUUGGCUUAGAGGACGGGCAAUUAUCACUGUGUUACAACAGUUGCUGGGUAGCGCAAUUGAAAAAUAUGCUAUGGAGAGUAUGAAGAAACUGAGGUCUGAGACCCACAUUUCAAGGUUACUAAUCAAUCUGAAGCUGAAGAUGUGGCCGAACGGUAAACUUAUGCAAAGAAAGCAAAUUGAUAAUCAGCGCUCUGAAGGCGAGCUGAAGAGAGCAAGAGCUGAUUCGCUCAUUAUGUUACAAUGUCUAUUUACCGAGCUCUUCGGAAAGGUUGUUGGCUUGCAAAAUGCUCAAGUUGCCGCAACAAAUAUUCAUGACAUGAUUCAGAAUUCCUACUUGAAUGCAAACCUCUUACUGGAGAUAAUGGACUUGCUUUUUGAUGAGCUUCCGCUUUUUGAGAAUCAAAAGAAUAAGAAUGGUAGGAGUAUUUGA